AUGAUCCCUGACAUUCCAACCAAUUACCCGCCAGCGCGCCCCGACCUCAAGGCUUUCCGACCUCCAAAAUCCCAAUCGAAAGUAGCUUAUUGGGUAUGGCGGGUGCAUAUGUGGAUAGAAGGGACGUUUUCACUGGCUAUGCUCGAGCCAUGGGAGAAACUGUUGCUUUUGAUCAUCUUCCUUACGACUUUCACACUUCUGGCUACUGGCAUCGUCAGAUACCUCCCGCAUCAUAUGUCGGUUAUGAAAGGCCGCGCUGUUUAUUACUUAUGGGGAAGCCAAAGUGGGGAGAGUCCAGUCGUCCAAUGGCUUGGGAAGAAUGCUGGUCCUAGUAGUAGUGAUCCCGGCAUAACAUGGGAGGAGUUGUAA